AUGGCCCCGCGCUCCAAAACCCCCACUGCCGAAAUCGAGAGGAGCGCGUACAGGACCCCCGUCUGCGCCGGCCCCCCCGCCCACCAGCACCAGCCUCCCUCCUCUGUGGGCCAGGAGCGGCUGCAUUGUGAGGACCCGUCCGGGCCGCGGCUGCAUUGUGAGGACCCGUCCGGGCCGCGGCUGCAUUGUGAGGACCCGUCCUACAGCGCUGAGAACCUUCGCCGUAUCGCCCGCAGCCUGAGCGGCACCGUCAUCAGAACCCGGCCCGAGCAGCUCGCUGGCUCCCACAGCUUCGUUCUGUUCGUCAAGACGUGCUGGGACGGGAAGGCACCCCUGGACCUGUUCUACUCCAUCCUCCCCUCUCCGCCCUCCCUGCUGCCCCCGCCCCGCCGCGCGAGCAUCGGAAGCAGAGUCUCACGUCGCGCUAGCCCCUCCCCCCACCUCCCCGCCCCCCACAAUCCCCCUGUGUUCCCCGCUGACCCCCAACACCACCAUCAGCACCACCAGCACCAACACCACCACCAUCUCCACCCAGCCCAAACACCUCACCCGUCCCAGCAGCUGCUGAGGCCCACUGUGACGGGGCCCGUCCGGGGACACCCAGGAGAUUCCCAGAAGGCCCACAAGUUUUUGGCUGUGCUUGACGGGCGUGAAGCUCUCCCCAGCGAAAGCUACCACAGCGUGGCACUGAGCUACGGCACGCUGCCGCGGGCACCUCGGCGGACGGCCUCGGGGUCCUCGCUGCCCAGGGACAGCGCCCGCACGGGCGAUCUGCUCCAGCAGCAGCAGCCCCCCCACAGCCACGCCCACUACGCCACCCUCGCCCACCCCCGCCACUCCGCCCCCGCCGGCCGCCUCGCCCCUUACGGACAGCCCCCGCCCCCCCACGCCGCCCACGAGCACCCCCUCCCCCGGUACCGCACCCUCCCCUCCCCCCACCCCCACCCCCACCCCCAGCAGCUCGAGGGCCCCGCCCAGCCCGUCCGGCUCGACGUGCCCCCCGACGGAGACUGGCGGGGGCGAGUACAGGAAGGCCCCCCCCGUCCCACACCCACCCCACCCCCACCUCGCACACCGCACCCCAGCUGGCCCCCAGGCCCGGCCCGUACGCCAGGGGGCCCCCCGGCCGCGCCCCGCUCUGCUCUCUGUGCCAGCAGGUCCCCGCCGAGCCCUCGCGGUACUACUGCUACUCCUGCGGCAUGUACAUGUCCCGCUUCCGGCCCACCAGCCGCUAGAGCGCCCCCCGCAGGAGGGCGUGAAGCUCAGCGGCGGUAGACUGCGCCAGCUGCUCUGUGCGGGACCCCCCCCUGACGACACCUUUGGGACCAGCUCUACGCCGUCAGCGCGCUGCGGAGCAACCGACCGGACCGUCGCCCCAACCGACGCUCACGUGGAACGCCAAGCUCGCGGCUCACUCUUUUGCUUAGGGUAACUGUUAAACGGUGCUGCGUCGUCACAGUGGCCCGUGGGCGAGAGAGAGACAGGGAAAGCCGCGGAGGGAUACAUUCGUUCCGUCUCUCUGACCGGAACUACUUCCGGCUGCGACAGGACUUCUCAGCGUACCGCUUCCUUUUACGCCAGAACGGAAGUGUUGUCGUCGUCCUCUCAGUGGAGACGGAACCUCCCUGUCCUUUCCACAGGGCUGCCUUUCUGUUUCAUUUUUUUAACGUGUUCAGCGAACGUGUGCGUUAGCUCCUCUGUGGACUCUGGGGCCUGAGAGGCAGACGUGUUUCAGCUCCUGGGGAGCGAUGCGCUCGGCUGCAGGAGAGCCCUUUCGGAUCAGUGGAGCACACGAACCGGGAUGUCCCGUCAGAACACAGAGGCGCACCGAAUUUGGGGUUGUAUGGAGGACAAAUGCACGCAGCGCUUUUGCCCCGGUAACACCCCUCCAAAACGGGCGGGGCAAAAAGAGGGCGGAGGCUCAAGGCCUUUAUGACUGUGACCAAGGAAAAAGGGGAGGGGUCCCAGCGCUUAACGGACACCGGUCAACAGAGGAGUCGACCAAUCAAGAGGAGGUCGCUACAGUGGCAUCAUUCAAAAUUAAUAUCUGGGAGAAUCGAUUUAGCCACGAUUGCCACGGUUUCAUUUUUUUCAUGCAAUUAAAAUGGACACCUUAGAAAGACAGUUACUCUGACUUAGAGGAGCAGCUGAAGGGGUCCUACGUAGUUGAGGUUUUGAUUUUGUUUUUGUUUCUGUUUUUUUUAAAAAGGAGCAGGUCUUAGUCUUUUACACUUAGCAAUUUGGCUCCUUUGUGAGGUCCUCAAGCUUUUGUUUUUACUUUGAGCUAUUUAUUUUUAGGAGACGGGUAGGUUGUGUAUAGCUUGUACAAAUGUUUUAACUGAAUGCUUCUUGUACCCAGAAACAGGCCUGCUUUACUUUUGUAUUUCUCUAUCCUACCAUUGUCUGCUAGCGUCGUAGAGUUGGUAUGGACUGAACAUUUUAACCUUUCGGAUGGAGAGGUGACCGUAACUUUUCCGUAAGUGGAAUUAUUCGUAGCAAACAACUUAGCCUUGCAUUUAAUGUUACAGGCAUAGACUGCCUAGAUGUUAUACUGAAUAUUUUUUUGAACAGUAGGAGAAGAUGUAAAAAAAAAAAACGCUAUAUUUUAAGACGAUGUGAGACGUCUGUUCUCUAAGUGCUUUGUGUUUACUUUAUGUGCAUAAAGACGAGUUGAGCGCAUUUCAGAAGUGCAAAGGUGGAUACCCACCACUGUUCUGACUCAAUUGCCUUUGUUCCCCGGUUUUCUGGGGGAGAUAUUCCGGGCUAGCCUAUUUUUUUAAUAAACGUGACGGCACUGCUACGUAGCCCAUUAGCCUCGUUAGCCUAAAUACCGUGGUACAGGAUUGAAGUUCGAACGUCUGAGAAAGGUACCCACUGUUAGGAUCAUGGAAGACGUGUUCCGUUUUUGACAUUUAAAUGCCUACCCGAAAUAACUCUAAAGAGGGCUUUGCCAAAUCGUGAGUACUAGAUUGGUAGCAUUAGGGCCCAAGUCUAAAUUAAUGAAUAAUAUCCUCCGGUUUUUUUUUUGUUUGUUUGUUUGUUUUAUUUGGCGGAAAUUCCACACCAUUGGGUCAGCAAAUGCUUCUGUAUUUACAGGGUUUAAAAUAUGUGAUUUAGCCUUAUUGUACUGUGGUAGCGACAUGCUCCAGUAUCAUUUCUCUCUCUCUCUCUGCGUAAAGAAUACUACUUCAUUUGUAAUUCCGAAAGAUUAAACUCGAUCACGUACAGGAGCGUCUUGCUUUCGGAGGGUGACGUACCGUAGAAAUGGGUCCUAGAAACCAAACUAUUUGGAGGCCUUGCAUAUGCACAAUGUUCGGAGUUUAGCGAAGGCCAGGAUGUUAGAACAAAGUACGAAACGGAAAACGGACAAGAUAUACAGCCUUAAGGACUAAUGCUGUCGGACACAUUCAGCAGUCUGAUCAAAUAUUGAAAUAUUAUAUUAGAUGAAAUAUUUAAUCAAACUGCUGAAAGUCUUCUGUCAGUUUUAUUUAUUAUUUGCAGACAUUGUACACAUUUGGUGCCCAUUUAUGAUUUCCUAUUUUGCUUGAAGUUUUACGAUUUCAGUUUUACACCUUAAUGGCUAUGUUUUUGUUUUGUUUUUUUAAUUGAUUUUAAUUUGCAGUGUCAUUGCCAACAGGAGUUAAACUGCACUGCUGCUGGGAAAAAGGGUGGGUGUUGCUACACAAAUUGAGAUUUGGUUCUCUUGAAACAACAGAAGCAAAAACUGGAAUGUCUAACUUUGCAAAGAUUAGCUGCGUUCUGUCAGUGAGGAUCUGCCCUGUAUUCUUCCUGGGGUUAUAUGGUCAAAGAAGCUGAGCUAGUCUUGAGUCCUGGUGUGAAUGCUGCAAAACACUGCACCCUUGUGGAUUUCCAGUAGAAGUGCAGCUUACAGAUGUGACCUUUUUUUUUACAUUUUUUUAAUUUUUAUUAAACAAACAGGAUUUACAACGACUGUAUAUACACGCGUGUACAGAUAUUACUAGCCUUCGGAAUGAAGUGUGACGAGGAUUUCUUGACAAUGUAAAGGAAUUUUGAUGGAUUUCCACUCGUUUGUAAAUGCUAUGCCGGCAGAUGGAAACUUGUAUUUUUGCAAUAAAGUUACUAUGACGAUCUCCAACAGGAGCAGGGGCACAGUUGAA